AUGAGGACCGCGUUGGGAGUGAUAGUCUACGUCGGAUUGACAAAGGCAGCAGCAUAUCACAACGCUUCUUCUGAUUAUGCCAGUGGAGCGUUAGGACCGUCGCCAUAUCAAACAUUCCAGUCGUCAUCUUCCACCCCGGUCAAAUGGAAUUUUGACGUAUAUCCCUCUUCUCCUCCUCCACCAGGCUAUAUAUUCAUAGCUCCUCGCGACACUUCCGUCUUGGCGCACGGAGCGUACAUCUUCGACAAUGACGGUGAAAUGGUAUGGGACGGUUCAUCGUGGGGCGAGACCAUGGCUUUCUCCGUUCAGACUUAUCAAGGCAAGUCCGUGUUGGCUUUAUGGAAAGGUGCUUUCAAUGCGGGGGGUUAUGGCAAUGGGAAACAGAUAUUGUUGGACGAUAUGUAUCAAGUCGUAACGAAUGUCUCGACAACGUUGGUCAAUCAGACGAAUGACUUUCACGAGUUCCAGAUAACCACCAACGACACUGCUCUGAUCACCAUCUACGCAGCAGAACAGUACGACCUGUCGUCUUUCAACGUCACGACGACAGACGGAUCUCAAGGAUGGUUGUUGAAUUGUUAUUUUCAAGAGAUCAACAUUGCCACCGGAGAGGCAAUCUUCACUUGGGCUUCGUUGGACCAUGUGGAUCCGAGUAUGGGGUAUGCUGCUCCUGGUUCAACAGGAGUUUCAGAGGAUGAACCCUGGGAUUAUUUUCAUAUGAACUCUAUAGAGAAAGAUGACGCCGGAAAUUAUCUCGUCUCUUCCCGACAUUGUCACGCGGUGUAUUACAUUUCCGGUAGUGACGGUAGUAUCCUCUGGACCAUCAACGGAAAAAAUUCUAGCUUCUCAAUGGCUGAUGGGUCGACUUUCGAAUGGCAACAUCAUGCCAGGUGGAGAAACGGUCAAAGUCAGAUGACUAUAUUCGAUAACGGUGCUGCAGAUUUCGAAUCUGACGAGACCACCGCUCGUGGUCUUUUACUCAAUAUCGAUCUCUCCAGCAUGUCCAUCUCCCUUUCUCAAUCUUUCCUCCCAUGGAACUCUUCCGUCUCCGUCUCGCAAGGUUCAGUGGAAUUAGAAUCCGAUGGUUCUUACUUGAUCGGUUGGGGAGCACAACCAUGGUUUUCGACGUAUUCAUCGGACGGUACACUUCUUUCCGCCGUUCAAUUUGGUUUACCACCCGAUGUUCAAUCUUAUCGAGCCAUACGUCAAAAUUGGACCGCUUAUCCAACUACCAGCCCUAAUAUCUCUGUCAUAUCCAACAACUCCGAUUCUACUCUAUCUGAUCAGUACACUGUCAGUGUUUCUUGGAACGGAGCGACGGAAGUGGGUAAUUGGGAGACGGUAGGAUGGUCUUCGUCCUCGAACACGAGUUUGAUCAACGUUACCAAAAGUGGAUUUGAAACUUUGGCAAAUGUCGGUUUGGGAGGAUACGAUGGUGUUUACGUGGUAGCUUAUGCGGGUAAUGGGACAAAGCUGGGAAUGUCAGAUGUCAGGAUGAAGAAUGGGACCGUAGUGGGGAAUUCUACGACGUCCAGUGGUGCGAGUAGUGCUUCGCCUUCUGCUUCGAGUGCAGCGGCCACUGGCACGAGUGGGGCAGGAAGAAGCAUGGUGGGCGGUGUCAACUUGGUCCAGUGGUUUGUGGGUGGGUCAAUGGGGCUGCUGGGUAUCUUCAGCUUCUUGUGAGUAGACGACGAGUGGGGCUUCGAUACGUGACGAGAUCAUUACUUGAUUGCUCAUCUGGCUCGGCAAAAACCCGGAGACGUCGAAUAGGUUGUGCGACUAGCAUCAUGGAGGAUAUCUGGGGGAUGUCGAGAGGGUAGUACAUGGAAGGACAUUACUUACAUCUUGUUGUCGAUUAUUUGGAUCUGAGGAUGCAUUGUCACAUCUUUUUCCAG